AUGAAUCAGUUUUUAGAGUGCGACAAGCAAGUAUCUCCAAGAGUCUACGACUUCGCUCAAAUUAAGCAGGAAGCCGAUAGCACGUCCCCAUUACUGACGCCACCACAUACUCCUACAUAUUGCACAAUGUCUCCACCAUUACUAAACCUUCCAUACCACCAAAAUUGGUACCGGUCUGAGCCCAUUGAACCGGCGUUUUCAACAGUGCACUCGUAUAACGCAGUGUUCAUGAACCAUUGGUUCAGAAAUGCAGCGAUGUACCACGGUAGAGACCAAUUCCAAGAUAUGAACAUACCAAACAGACCACCAGCUGGACCAAAAACUUUAGGCACGAGACCGAAGAAGCAGUUUAUUUGUAAAUACUGCAACAGGCAGUUUACCAAAAGUUAUAAUUUGUUGAUUCACGAAAGGACCCACACAGACGAACGGCCCUAUUCUUGUGAUAUUUGCGGGAAAGCGUUUAGAAGGCAGGACCAUCUUAGAGACCACAGAUAUAUCCACAGCAAAGAAAAACCAUUCAAAUGCAACGAAUGCGGCAAAGGCUUCUGCCAGUCACGAACGCUAGCCGUACAUAAAAUACUCCACAUGGAAGAAUCGCCACACAAAUGCCCAGUAUGUGCCAAAUCCUUCAACCAAAGAUCCAACCUCAAAACGCACAUGUUGACCCACACGGACCGACCUGUGGAAUGUAUGCUGUGUUCACAAUUUUUCGUAAGUUUCACAGACCUCAAAAAUCACGAGAUAUCCCAUUGUCAAGGGAAAUCUUACGACUUGCAAAUUCCUAGUUUAGUUACUGCUACUACUUCUUGUUUAGAUUUAACUAAGAAAAAAGUUAGUGAAGAUAGUGUAAAAACUACUGUUAAGUUAGGGUUUUCAAUUGAUGAUAUUAUGAAAAGAUAA